AUGGGUGACGAUUCCAAGAUUGUGCCAAAGGCUAGUGCUUUUCAGAUGAAGGAGGAUCAUCCUUCACAUGACUACUCUACUCCUAUUACUUGUGACAAAUUGGAUGGCUCCAAUUAUGCCGCUUGGUCCGUGGUGCACACCUUACAAUUACUAGUCGUCGUAUGGCGAGCUUCAUCAGUGGAAAGAAAACUGCUCUGCUUGCCACUUCAGAUGCCUAUAUUGAAUAUGAAGAAGAUAAUUAUUUGGUACAGUCAUGGCUUCUCAAUUCCAUGA